GAGAGAGACAGUGUGGUGAGACAAAGAUACAGUGUGCGGGAAUCGGUAAAGAAUCGUUCCUUCAUCAGGCGUGGCGGUUUUUUUUUUUUUUUUUGUACCGAACAGCAACUUUUGGAAUGCACUUUAUUUUAUUUUCUGUUCGCGUGUACUAAAAGCAGUGAUCGUGCGUUGUUGGGGCUCGGGCUAUAGAUUUUAUUUCCCAGGUGGAGACAAAACUAAGGUAUCGGCGGCUCAACAACACGGGAAUUUUUCUCAUUAAAAUUUGUGUGGUUGGAGAGUGUCGAUGUCAGGAAUCUGUUAUUGGUAAUGCAGGGCAUAAUGCCAGUAAAAACAAAAUCGAGAUUAGAGAAUAUAGGAGUCACUGGAGGGAUGGUUGAUGCAAGAGCAAAACAAGUGCUUAAAGAGGCUGUUGACGCAGUUGUUAAUAGCUUUGCUAAACAUACUCAAGGUUAUGGAAGAGUUAAUGUCGUAGAAGCUUUACAAGAAUUCUGGCAGAUGAAGCAAAGUCGAGGCACUGAAUUACGAAACGGAGCACUUGUAAUAUAUGAAUCUGUACCAGGUGCGAGUCCACCAUAUAUUUGUUACGUAACUUUGCCAGGUGGCUCAUGCUUUGGAAGUUUUCAAAAUUGUCCAACUAAAGCAGAAGCUCGUAGAUCUGCAGCUAAAAUCGCCCUUAUGAAUUCUGUAUUUAAUGAGCAUCCAUCACGCAAAAUUACCGAUGAUUUCAUAGAAAAAGCUGUCGCUGAAGCGAGAGCUAGUUUUUCUAAACCAUCCGUUGGACCUAGUGGAAUAAACAACCAAUCUCAGGGCAAAGGCGAUGACAAAGAGGAUCCGAACACUGGAAUCGGUGCGUUCCGCUUUAUGCUAGAAUGCAAUCGCGGCCGGACGAUGCUCGAGUUCCAGGAGCUCAUGACGGUAUUCCAACUGUUGCACUGGAACGGCUCCUUGAAGGCGAUGCGCGAGCGCCAAUGUAGCCGCCAAGAAGUCGUGGCUCAUUACAGUCACCGAGCCCUCGACGACGACAUGCGCAGUCAGAUGGCCCUCGAUUGGGUAGCUCGGGAGCAUGAGAGCGGCGGCGGAGUCGUCGCCAUGGAACUCGCUUUAGCCGAUCGAGAAUUGGAGACGGCGAGGUUGGCAGGACGCGAGCUGCGCUUCCCUAAGGAAAAGAAGGACAUAUUGAUGCUGGCCCAUGCCCAAGUUUGCCCGCAAUGAUAAGGAGACAGGAUUAAGGCUCUAUUUUUUCAGCUUUACUUGACUUAAAGAUUGCUUAAAGAUGACUACGGGGGUUGAUAAUACGAGAAAUGUCGAUUUUCUUGCUGAUUGAGAUGAAACGUCGAUGUUUCAAGGUUCUCUUUUGAUCUCAGUACUAUAAAUCUUUGGAUUUAGUUUAUUGUGCAACAAUAUUUUAAAAAGAACCGACAGUUUAGCUAUGCAUUUAUACGAAAGAAAAUUUUUAUAA